AAAAAUCAUAGUUCAAUUAUCUUCGUUUCUUUUCAUUUCCUUUUCAAAUUCAAAACCCUAAACCUACUACUACUCCUGCAAAAUUAAAAUCAAACUCAGAUCAUCUUUCUGUUUUCUUCUUCUUCUCCCUUCUUCCUUUCUCUCUCUUCUCCCUUCUUCAAACCCAGAUCUGGGUUUCAAAAGAAGGUGAUAUCAUCGCAGAUCUGGGUUUCAAACCCACGUCUGCAGAUUCUGGGCGACGUACACCUCAAAGCCAAUUGAUUAGCUUUACUUUUCUCAGCCAUUAUCAACUCUCACCACCGGCACCGAUUCGAGAUCUAAAAAUUCGAGAAUUUACAACAAUGAUAGGAAACAGAAAGGAGAGUAUUGAAGAGUAUGAGGCGAUCUUGACAACAUAUCACCCAUCCUCAACGUGUUUCCGAUGGUCGUUCCUGCCACUGAUGGACCUCUUGGCAUGUCCACACAGCUCAAGCGUUGUCAACAAAGCUCCACUCAUCUUUCCGCAUUCCCCAUUGAAGACGGUGCAGUUAAGAGAAGAGAAAAUUGGGGUUUCCUUGGACCAGAAAAUGUAGACGAUUGGACCAGAAAAUUGUGUACCAUUUUGUAAAUUCAACACUUUUUAAUAUUUGAUUUUAAUUUUGUCACCAGAAAAUGCACGCGAUUGGACCAGAAAAUGCAGCGGUAUUCUUGAAUCAAGAAAAGAGGAAUCAAAAAGUUAGAUCUAA